GCAGUUGAGUUCAGUCGACCAGCGGCCGCCGUGGACAAAGCAACGUAUCGCCAGCAGUCGCAGUCGCAGCGCAGCGCACGGAUAUAUAGCAAUAGCUAACUACCAGAUACAAAACUACACACACACCUCUCUACAUACCACUAUAUGCUAUAUACAUAUAUCCACCUAUAUGCUUGAGAAUCAGAAGCGCGCGAGGGCGUCACGCGUUCAUAUACAUCAGAUAUAGAUUGAUAUAAAAGUAGAAACAUAUAGAAAGCGGUGGUUAUUUUUUCAUCUUAUUUUAUUGUGACAAAAACCGCGACAAGUGUUUAUAAAUAGUUGUUGGUGCAGCCAGCAAAUAAACUCGCUAGUAAACUUGCCAACUUGCCCGCCAAACUGAAACUCAGCCAAGUUAAACUCUAAAAAACAGCAGCAAUAUGGUCGAGACCGUUGUCAAUAUCGAGCGCACCACAACAACAACGACGAACGGACCGCCAGGUGGGGCGAACCCCACCGCUGGCAGCGAUGGCGGCUUCUGGAGCGCCAUCCGCCUCAACAUCGACUAUUUCCGCACCGUGCCGGGCAUCAUCAAGAUUGUCGAGUUUGUGCUGGGCAUCAUCUGCAUGGCCUUGGCGGCUCCUCCACUGGCAUCGGCCACCUCGUUCUUCAUGUUCGUGAUCGUCAUCUCGUUCAUCAUCAACAUUCUGCUGAUCGCCGCCUAUUUCCUGGGCAUUCGCGAGGCCCUCAACGUGGCCGUCAACUGGAUAUUCUCUGAGCUGAUCACCACCGCUGUGCUGACGCUGCUGUACUUCAUCGGAUUCAUCGUCCAGCUGGCCAGGUGGUCGGAUGCCACGGGCAAGGGUUCCGGUUCGAAUACCGCCGCCGGUGUCUUUGGACUCUUCAAUUUCCUGGCCUACGCGGCGGGCACGUACUUCCUGUUCCUGGCCCACAGGUCCGGGGCCACCCACUAAGUCCGGGGCCAACUCAGUGACUGGAUCUUAGUCUAGAGUUAUGUCUAAUUGUUUACGGAAUAAGUGCAGAUCGAGUACUUGUAAUUUUUGCCUCUUUAUUUUUUUGUUUUUUGUUUUUCACUUUUUUUGUUGUUAAUUUAUGCGUGACCAUAUGCAAAUCGAGAAUGAAAAUUCUCGACUUGAUGAUGUGUGUGUUUUAAUGUUAUUUUAAAUGGCUAACUAACGUUUAAGUCUUAAAUCCACCCGCACAAGACCAUAUCUAUGCAAACGAGUGGGGUGGGCAACCCAUAGAAUGCAUUAACUUUUAUCAUUUCACGACACUUACAUAUAAUGAUUUUUUGUUUUUGAUUUGUAAUCAACAGAGACACACUAAUACGUGUGUCUUUUACAUAUAAAUAUGUAGUUUAAUGUUGCAAGGAUAAUGAGAUCCUAGUUUAAAGUUUAAAGUGGCCCACCCUAAUCAAUACACACAUGCACCAAAAACAAAAAACAAAAACAGAACACGCGAUGAAAAAAACAAAUUAAGAGCGCAACCAAGAUUUAAGUUCAAUAAAUUAUUUGUAUUUUCUCAA